UUCCACUGCCAAAGCUUCCUCAUCUCCCUUCCUCCCACCCUUCUGUCAAUGAGAAGCUGAACUGUAUUUGUCUCAUCCUCCGUAAGCUUCUCUUCCAUGGCGAAGACAUUAAUCUCCUCUCCUUCGUUCAUCGGCACCCCUCUUCCUUCUAUCUCUCGCCUUGGUCUACACACCUUCCAUCUCCCUCAUCGUAGGCUGGUCAGCACCCGAGUUAAAUUCAGCUUCCACGAAAUCCCCCCUAUUCACUCCCUCAGUGAUUCAUUUGACCUCAGUCAAGUCGUUACUAGAGCUGAAGCGCUUCUUUAUACCCUUGCUGAUGCCGCGGUUUCUGCCGAUCCUGGUGCUGGUGCUGCGGCAUCGACCUCCACUGAUGUUGUCGCGCAGAAGAACGGAGGGUGGUUCGGUUUUAUUUCUGAAGCCAUGGAGUUUGUUCUCAAGGUGUUAAAAGAUGGCCUGAGUGCUGUGCAUGUGCCUUACGCAUAUGGAUUUGCUAUUAUAUUGCUCACUUUUAUUGUUAAAGUUGCUACAUUUCCCUUGACAAAGCAACAGGUUGAAUCAACACUUGCUAUGCAAAAUCUUCAACCAAAAAUUAAGGCCAUCCAAGAAAGAUACGCUGGCAAUCAGGAAAGAAUACAACUCGAGACAUCAAGGCUAUACAGGCAAGCGGGUGUCAAUCCAUUGGCUGGUUGUUUACCGACUUUGGCUACCAUUCCUGUCUGGAUAGGUCUCUACCAAGCUUUAUCAAAUGUGGCAAAUGAAGGGCUUUUGACAGAAGGAUUUUUUUGGAUCCCCUCUUUGGGUGGUCCUACUACCAUUGCAGCUAGACAAAGUGGAUCUGGAAUUUCUUGGCUUCUGCCAUUUGUGGAUGGUCAUCCACCGUUGGGCUGGCAAGACACCGCAGCAUAUCUUGUUUUACCCAUCCUUCUUGUUGUUUCUCAGUAUGUUUCUAUGGAAAUUAUGAAACCCCCCCAGACUGAUGAUCCGGCUCAAAAAAAUACACUUCUUGUUUUCAAGUUUCUUCCGCUCAUGAUUGGUUACUUCUCGCUGUCUGUCCCUUCAGGGCUAUCGAUUUACUGGUUUACAAACAACGUUUUGAGCACAGCACAACAAGUAUGGCUGCGCAAAUUAGGAGGUGCAAAGCCUGUUGUGAAUGAAAAUGCAAGUGGAAUUAUUACCGCAGGGCGUGCUAAACGAUCGGUUUCUCAGCCAGAAAGAACCGGUGAGAGGUUUAAACAGUUGAAGGAAAAAGAGAAAAAGAAGUCAAACAAGGCACUGCCUCAAGAAGAGGCUCAACCUCUGGCUUCUGUUUCUGAUUCUGAUGGUAGUUCAGAUGAGGAGAGUGAUGACAAGGGUGACGGAGUUGCGGAAGAAGCAUAUGCUUCAACAAUAAACAAGGAGGUUCCAAAUAUGAGGGAAAGAAGAAGCAAGCGCUCAAAGCGGAAGCGGACUGUAUAAAGCGAGUCCAUGCGGCUGUUUGUAGUUUGAAAGGAGACAUGUAUAUUACAAUCGAUUGUAUCUUAGCCUCCUGUGCCAUUUUUGGACUGGCUUAUUCAAAUUGAAUGUGUCAUUUAAUCAUGCAAUGAUGAGCUCUCGAUGACUAAUAUUAUACAAAGUAGGUAAAGAAAUUUGCCUCGUGGGUAAA